GAGCACCUCUGGCAAUGAGGGAGGUGAUCGCUACUCCAGUUCCUCCUGCUGGAUACGCGGCUUCUUUCGGAUCCGUCGCAAACUGAAGGAGAACUUCCAGGUGAGACUGCGGCUUCCUGUAGGUUCGUGGCCGACAAAGCUGCGAGAGGCGCCAGAGGCCUCGGAGGAAGGAGGAAAGUAUUUUUCAGGUUAGUAGUGCUGGCUAUGAGACGAUCUGCAGCACCAAGUCAGUUGCAGGGAAAACCCUUCAAAAAACCAAAAUUUAUACCACCCGCAAGAAGUGGUCUAAGUCUGAAUGAAGAGAUUACAAAGCUGGAUCCAGAUAUGCAAUUAUUUGAGGGUGCUGCAGGUGAUACUUUCCACCAAUCACAAACUGAUCCCAGAGUAUGCAGUUUAAAUCUCCUGCCUGCUGAAGAAAGUGCUAGAGAAAUGAAUCAUGGGGAUAAUUACAGGGGAAAAGAUUGUUUUGAAACAUCUGCAAUGCCAACAUUAACCCUACAUCGUACAGCUUAUUCAGCCCCUAAAGAAAUAACAGUGCCUAAGGAACAAGAAGUGGAACCUGAUAGUCUGGUUCAAUAUUUCACUGUUGUUUGGUGUAAGGCUUCAAAGAAAAAACACAAAAAGUGGGAAGGUGAUGCUGUUCUUAUUGUCAAAGGAAAUUCAUUUACAUUAAAGGACUUAGAAGGCAAAGACAUUGGAAGAGGCACUGGAUAUAAAUUCAAAGAGCUUGAAAAGAUUGAAGAGGGCCAUACAAUGAUGAUUGGUGGAAAAGAAAUAGAAGUCAUGGGUGUGAUCUCCCCAGAUGAUUUCAGCAGUGGCAGAUGUUUCCAGCUUGGAGGAGCAAGUCCUGCCAUAUCGAGUUCUUCUCAAGCGGCCAAGAAGUGCUUCUCUAACCCUUUGAAAAGUGUCUAUAAACCAGGUUCAAAGGAGAAUAGGCAGAACAGUUUUCAAAAUUGCAAACCACGACAUGACCCACAUGCCCCAAAUUCUCUUGUUAUGCCACGACCUGGCAGUGAUCAUCAGUGGUUGUUCAACAAGAACUGUUUCCCUGUUGUGGAUGUUGUGACAGAUCCUCACCUGGUACAUCAUCUUCGACCGCAUCAGAAAGAGGGAAUCAUAUUCCUUUAUGAAUGUGUGAUGGGAAUGAGAGUGAAUGGCAGAUGUGGAGCUAUUCUUGCUGAUGAAAUGGGUCUGGGGAAGACCUUGCAAUGUAUUUCGCUCAUCUGGACUCUGCAGUGUCAGGGACCCUAUGGAGGCAAACCAAUAAUAAAGAAGACACUUAUUGUCACACCUGGGAGCUUGGUGAAAAAUUGGAGGAAAGAAUUUCAGAAAUGGCUAGGAAGUGAAAGGAUCAAGAUAUUUACUGUAGAUCAGGACCACAGAGUAGAAGAAUUCAUCAAAUCUCCAUUUUAUUCUGUCCUGAUCAUUAGUUAUGAAAUGUUACUUCGUUCCUUGGAUCAAAUUAAGAGCAUAAAAUUUGAUCUUCUAAUCUGUGAUGAAGGGCAUCGUUUGAAGAACAGUGCAAUUAAGACAACUACAGCCCUCAUUAGCCUCUCUUGUGAGAAAAGAGUAAUUCUAACUGGUACUCCAGUUCAGAAUGAUCUGCAAGAAUUUUUUGCAUUAAUUGAUUUUGUAAAUCCGGGAAUAUUAGGCUCUUUGUCAUCUUACAGAAAAAUAUAUGAAGAACCCAUUAUUAUAUCGAGACAACCUUCUGCUUCUGAGGAAGAAAAGGAGUUAGGAGAGAAAAGAGCAGCUGAACUUAUUUGCCUCACUGCACCCUUUUUCCUUAGAAGAACUCAAGAAGUCAUAAAUAAAUAUCUUCCACCUAAAAUUGAGAAUGUAGUCUUUUGCCGACCAGGGGCGCUGCAGAUCGAGCUUUAUCAAAGGCUGUUAAAUUCUCAGGCUGUCAGGUUUUGUCUUCAAGGGUCACUGGAAAAUAGUCCUCAUCUAAUAUGUAUAGGAGCCCUGAAAAAACUGUGCAAUCACCCCUGCCUUUUGUUCAGCUCUAUAAGGGAAAAAGAUUGUAGCUCAACUUGGGAUGAAAAUGAAGAGAGAAGUCUUUAUGAAGGCUUGAUAAAUGUGUUUCCUGCUGAUUACAACCCUCUCAUGUUUACUGAGAAGGAGUCAGGAAAACUACAGGUGCUGACAAAGCUCUUAGCUGUUAUUCAUGAGCUUCGUCCUACUGAAAAGGUGGUGUUGGUAUCCAACUACACAAAAACGUUGAAUAUUUUACAAGAAGUAUGCAAGCGUCAUGGAUAUGCUUAUACAAGACUUGAUGGACAGACACCAAUCUCUCAAAGGCAGCAGAUUGUUGAUGGCUUCAACAGUAAAUACUCUUCCGAUUUUAUUUUUUUGUUAAGUUCAAAAGCUGGUGGUGUGGGACUUAACCUUAUUGGAGGAUCUCACUUAAUUCUCUAUGACAUUGAUUGGAAUCCAGCCACUGACAUCCAGGCGAUGUCUAGAGUGUGGAGAGACGGUCAGAAACAUCCUGUGCAUAUUUACAGACUCCUAACCACAGGCACAAUAGAAGAGAAGAUCUAUCAACGGCAGAUUAGUAAGCAAGGCCUUUCUGGGGCAGUUGUAGACCUAACCAAGACAUCGGAACAUAUUCAGUUUUCAGCAGAGGAACUUAAAGAUUUGUUCACACUACAUGAAAGUUCGCAUUGUGUGACUCACGACCUGCUUGAGUGCGAGUGUCUGGGAGAACUAGAUCACACAGGUGAUUCAUUGGAAAAACUCCCUCUCUCUAGAAAUUGCCAGCUUGGUCCACAUCACAAGAAGCCCAGCUCCCUGAAACCUCUCUCCAUGUCACAGCUGAAACAGUGGAAACAUUUUUCUGGAGAUCAUUUAAAUCUUGAAGAUCCUUUUCUUGAAAGAAUAAGAGAAAAUGUAUCAUUCUUUUUUCAGAAUAUAACCAAUCAAACCACUGCUGUACAAUGAAAGAUUAACUCAUAACAUUACUUUGUCGUGAGUUAAAAAUCCCUUUAAAAAUUACAGUAAUUAAAUGUAAUUUUUGAAAACCAAUAGAACUGUUUAUAUUACCAUAAUACAUUUGUUACAAAGUAUAUCAUUAUUUUGAUACAUGGUAAACUGUUUUGUAUAUAUUCUUAAAUAAUGAAACAUUAAACAUGUCCAUCUUAUAACAGUUUAGUAAUAAUUCCAUAAUUGAUGUACUUUUAUCAAGUACCCACUAAGGAAUUUUCAUAAGGAAUAUGAAAAAAGAUAAAAUACCUGGCUUGGGGAAAUUUAAUCUGAUUAGGAAUAUUAGAGAUGUAUCAGAUAAUUGAAAAAGUUGAUAAAUUUAAACUAUAGCUCAAGGGAGUAAGAGAAUCAGCGACUGGAAUCGCAAAUGCUGAAGCCGGUGCAGGUGACAGUUGCUGCAGGCGGACUGCGUGCGGAUGGUGGUGGGCUGGCCUGGAGGAGACGCAGGGUGACGGGACCCUUCAGGGCACUGGUUCCUCAGCUGGGACUCGGGCUCGUGGGGCACUGACCUGAAGUCUAUAAAGCUUUGUCCACCAAACCUAGUUUGUAAAUUGGAAAAAAUUUCAACUGACACGUUGAGGGUGUCUACAGUAAUUUUUGAUGUUAAAAGGGGAGUUUUAAUGCACAAGCAAGCUUUAGGAGACUGAAGUAUAC